AUGUCCGACGAAGAGGAUAUAAUGGCGAUAGCGCCCAUCGAUUCUGAGACGACUUGUCCCAUUUGCUAUGCUGAGUUCUUGGAGCCCGAUGACUUGAGAUUGCACGCAAAUCAGGACACAAAAUCGUUAAGAAACCAUGAGAAAAAGCAUUGCACAAGAGGACAGAAGGAUGUCUACAGUUGUUCGCAGUGUUACUAUGUAUGCCAGAGCUUGCUCGACUUAGAAAAGCAUGAAUUUGAGAAACAUAAUAAUGAUGAUGAUGGGGUAUGUUUAAACGACUGUUUCCCUCAUCUGUCGUCGUAUUUGAACGUGAAAGCGUCCGCGUUUCUGCAGUCCUACGGUAAAAAAGCUGCCGACAAGAAGUCUGAGAAUCCAUUCCAGCCGAAAAGUCUCUUUACUGAUGAAAUUGAGAAAUACAAAAACAAUGAAAGCACUGAGGCAGGUAAUCAGACCGAUACACAGACAGAGGCUCAGACAGAUGCAGAAGAUGCUGCUAAAGAUUCCCAAAGAAAACCACUUAAAAUCAGAUAUAAAGAACAGAAAAAAUCGAACGGAUCCAAUAUUCUUGAUUUGUCAGAUAAAUCAGACGAUGAUCAAACAGAAUCCGGAGUUAUCCUGGUAAAGCAUGCACGCAAACAUAAGCAAGUAAAAAAGAAAGGCAUUAAAAGCAGACUAGGAAAGAGGAAGAUUGAUUCUGACAUGUCAGAAGACGUACCAUUGAGUAAACUUAAAAGACGAUACAAAAAGAACACUAAUUCAAUACAAGUGAAACCCAAAAAGUUUAUAUGCGGUGUUUGUAACAGAAAUUGUUACACAUUUCAAAAUUACAAUCACCAUAUGAGUUUGCACAAUGACAGUGAAAUUAAGAAAUGUAUAAAGUGCUCAGAGACAUUUACUUCGCAAGCUGCGUUUAAAAAACAUAUAUCUAAAGCGCACGCGACAUCAAAACUGACGGAAACACUUAAGAAUUUACUUGAAAGAAGAAAACUGGGUAUAAAUGGUGCUCCAGAUCCGACAACACCAGAAAAAUUCAGGAAAACUAUUAAAAAAGUAAAAGAGAUCGCUGAAUCCGCUACCGUAACUAUUAAACAAGUCAAUGACAUGUCUGUCAAGAAAUUUAUUGAGAAUUUCACUCCUGAGGAGACAACAUCAAAUAAACCCAAGAAAGCUAUUGAAGUCAAUGCUGCUGUGUCAGUUACACCAACUACUCGAGCUUUGAAGCCACCGGUGAUAAAGAUGACUAAGUUUAACCCGAAACCUAUUCCGUCGACGUUAAAACUUAAAAUGCCUGUGCGUUUUAAGAACGUUUCUGCAGAAAAAUACAAGGUUAACGUUAAAUUGAUUCAAUCACCUAUUGAAGAACAGAAUGAUGAAUCUAAUGACAAUGGCAAUGAGCCUAUACAAUACGAUGAUGGCGGCGAUAAGGUCGGAGUACCAGAGGUGGCUGAGGAAGUUAUGCUGGAGGAAGCGCCGCAGGAAGCCAAACGCACGCAACAUAAAAUAGUAAUACCAAAACUACCACCAGACUAUUCCGCGAAGGACAUAAGAAUAGCGCAUCUUCUACCUGAAGCGCCAUUUUACAAAAUAGUAAGAAUGGAGGACAUGAUAGACGGUAAGAGCGAAGGUCAAAGUUCCAAGAAGGGCCCUGCGGAUAUAGCUAAGCACAUAUCUUCAAAACUAACGCUGCCUAGCGGCACAAAAUUAGUUAACGUAAAUCCCUUAGCGCAUCUUAUUGGCGACAAACCUCUCGAUGAAAUCGUUGGCAAACAGAAACGAAAUUAUAAAUCAAAGACUGGCAACUUUCGGGAGGCCGUUGCGAAAGCCAUGUCUAAGCUGGAACAGGAAAGUAAACAGCGGCUGGCUAGGAAGGAAAAGUAG